GGGGAGGGUGAGGGCGCUCAGUGAACGGGCGGGUAUGGUCCCUGCUUAAUCCGCCCCAGCAACUCCGCAGAAGCGUGAAAAUAAAUAAUUAAACUCGGUGAUUUCACAUUACAGCGAUAUAAUUAAUAGGACAAGUGAGUUUCCCUGGAGAGGAACUGGAGAAGAAGCCCUGCCAUGGUCCCUCACAGCCCUGCGGGCGCCGAUUGAAUCCCGAAUUGCUCCAUCUGGGCUCGGACCCUCCAACGCCCGCUGCAGUGACUCCAGCGUCCCUGCCCUGUGAUUUCAGUCAGGAGAAGCUGCCGAGCGGAGCUGCCCGCGCCUCACCGAGCGAACCCCCCGCGCCCGGCCCGGAGCGGCUCCUCCCCUGCCCCGGGGCGGUCACACCUCUGCCGCCUUCUCUGCCAGCGAACAGCUGCCCCGCUCGGUUCCCAUGUGUGCGAGCACCUCAAACAAACCCCGCGGGCUGCCUGACUCAGCUCUUUACCGGGGCCCGAGCUGCAAAAUGCGGCUGCCGUCCCUCGCAGCCCGUGCUCGGGGCUGGUGCCGCUGACGGGCGCAGCCGCUCCCUCCCUGCGCGGACCUUCCCAGCGGCGGCAGCACCCGCGGCACUUCCCUCUUAAGAAGGCUCCCAAAAGGAUGGCGUCCCUGAUGGAGAUGAAGGAGAUCUUCCGCAGCGCCGACGCCGUGUGCUUCGACGUGGACAGCACCGUCAUCAGGGAGGAGGGCAUCGACGAGCUGGCCAAGUUCUGCGGGGUUGGGGACGCCGUGGCAGAGAUGACCCGCAGAGCCAUGGGUGGCACUGUGACAUUCAAGGCAGCUCUCACAGCACGCUUAGGUCUCAUCAGGCCCUCCUAUGAACAAGUGCAGAAAUUAAUAUCUGACAACCCACCUCAGCUAACUCCAGGAAUAAGGGAGCUGGUGAGCAGACUCCACCAACGAGGGGUUCAGGUGUUCUUGGUCUCAGGGGGCUUCCAGAGCAUUGUGGAACACGUGGCCCUGCAGCUGAACAUCCCCACAGCAAACGUCUUUGCCAACAGGCUCAAAUUUUACUUCAAUGGAGAAUAUGCAGGAUUUGAUGAAACACAACCAACAGCUGAAUCAGGGGGGAAGGGAAAGGUUAUCUCUCAUCUGAAAGAACAGUUCCACUUCAAGAAAGUGGUCAUGAUUGGAGAUGGAGCUACAGACAUGGAAGCCUGCCCUCCUGGAGAUUGCUUCAUUGGAUUUGGAGGCAAUGUAGUCAGAAAACAAGUAAAGGAGAAAGCAAAGUGGUACAUCACCCACUUUGAUGAAUUGCUAAAAGAGCUGGAAGAGCGAUAAAUCCUUGUGUAAAAUAAUCUAUUUAACACCUGUAAAUCCAUUAUACAAUGCCAUUAAACAUUUAUUUGUUUGCAAA